ACGGCGCAGCGCGCGAGCGCGGCCGGAAGCGGCUUCGGGGGAGGCGGUGGCGGCGGGUGGGGAACGCUCGUGCUCUCUGGGUCGCUGAUCCCUCCCGUGACUCCAGGAUGGAAUCUCGCCGUCGCUCCAGCGCCACCGGAGCCGGUUGUGCCGGGAUUGGGCUCGGCCGUGGCACCACCCGCCCGGAGAACUCCCGUCCCGCUGCCCUUUAGGAGCACGUGCUGCCAUGGAAGAGCAGCCGGGUCCUCCGGCCUCUGAGCUCCCUUUUUCCCAGAGGCUCUCCCCUCUUUCUGAAGGAGAUGGGGCUGAAGGUGAAGAGGAGCAGGAGGAGGCUCAGGAGGAGGACGCAGCCGGGAUGCAGCCAAGGGAAGAGCCGGGAGAAGGCUCCCCGGAGUGGCAAGGACAAGCGGGACGGUGCUGCUGCAGGCAGGGCUCUCCCACCCCUCGGGGUGCAGGCAGGUCCUGCAGGAGGAACGAUGAGGAUGAAGGAGCUACUCCGAGCCACCAGGCACCGGUGGAGCUGCGGCCGUGCCGGCGGAAGCACCGGCUCUGCCUAAAGCCUGAGACGAGCCAGGCCCCUGCAUCCCCGGGGCAGGGGGAAGAGCCGGGACCUUCCCGUGGGAAGAGGCUGCGGUUGAUCUGGAGCCGGGCGGGUGACUUCAGACAGAGGGUGAUGGACAACGGGCUGGAGGAGGGACCACGGAGCAGUGAGGAGGAGGAGGAGGAGAGAGGCUCACGGUCCUGCUCUCCCGAGCUGCCCCUUCCCGGCGAUGCCCGUCCCAAACCGGACUUUGUGCAGUUGAUCGAUGAACGCGGCAUCUACUCCACGGCCAAGCUGGUGCUGGGCAGCGCGGUGGGAGAGCUGGAGGAGGCGGUGGUGGGGCUGCCCUCCCACCCCCCGCGGGGAGCCGGCGGCAUGGGCGAGCUGGAGAUCCGCGAGGUCAUCGUGGACGAGAAGCCCUUCCAGUGCGGCGUCUGCGAGAAGGCCUUCAAACGGGCUUGGGAGCUCUUCAGCCACGAGGUGGUGCACAACGAGGAGCGGCCGUUCCGCUGCAACCUCUGCCAGGCUUCCUUCAAGCGCCACUCGGACUUCAAAAGCCACCGGCUGGUGCACACGGAGGAGCGGCCGUUCCGCUGCGAGCUCUGCGGGAAGCGCUUCAAGCGCUCUUCCAACCUGCAGGAACACCGGCGCAUCCACAGCGGCGAGCGGCCCUUCCGCUGCCCGCGCUGCGCCAAGAGCUUCAAGACCCCCUACGAGCUGCAGCGCCACGCGCUCACCCACUGCGCCGAGAAGCCCUUCAAGUGCGCCGACUGCGGCAAGGACUUCCCCACCUCCAACGCCCUCCUGCUCCACCAGCGGCAGCACUGCGACGACAAGCCCCACGUCUGCGGCGUCUGCGGCAAGAAGUUCACCUACGGCCACAGCCUGAAGGUGCACGAGCGGGUGCACACGGGCGACCGGCCCUUCGUGUGCCCGCUCUGCGGGAAGGGCUUCAAGCAGUCCAACGCGCUGUCCUCGCACGAGCGGGUGCACACGGGCGAGCGCCCCUUCGUGUGCAAGACCUGCGGGAAGGCCUUCAAGCAGUCGUCCUACCUGGUGAUCCACGAGCGGGCGCACACCGGCGAGCGGCCCUACAAGUGCGAGGUGUGCGGGAAGGCCUUCGCCCGGCCCUCCCUGCUCCUGCAGCACCACCGCGUGCACAGCCAGGAGCGGCCCUACAAGUGCAGCUUCUGCCACAAGUUCUUCAAGGACCUGGCCUACCUGGCCGUGCACGAGAAGGUGCACACGGGCGAGACGCCCUACAAGUGCAGCGUGUGCGACAAGGGCUUCGCUCACCCCUCCAACCUGCUGCAGCACCAGCGUGUGCACCGCGACGGCUGAGCCUGAGGGGAAGCACCACCUCAGGGGCUGGGGGACCCCCCCGAGGCCCAGCGUGGACCCCCCCAAAGCUGCGGUGCUUCUCCUGAGCCCGUUGCCAAACCCGGACCUGCCUCCGUUGGGGGGGUGAUCCCAGCGGGACCUUGCCCAAGCCCAUGGGCUGGAGUGGCUGCAAGCUCCUGGUGGGCACAUCGUGGCUCGUGGCACGGUGUGGGAUGGACGUUCCUGGGUUUGGGGUGGGAGAUGCCACAACGGUACAAGUAGUGGAAGGAACCACGGGGAAGAGUGAGGAGUGGACACCUCCCUUUCCCUCCUGAAGCCUUUUUGGGUUCAGCGUCCCAUCCAUAUCUCAUGCUGCUGCUAAUGACCUGGUUCAUCACCUCCUUUUAUCCCACCCCGGGGCGCUGGUGGGGCUGGUAGGGAGCAGAAGGGGUGGUUGGGGGGUGCAUGCUGCUGCCAUCCACUUCGGGAGCCUCAGCAAGUGAUGGUGCUGGAAGUUCUCCAGCAUCUCCUGGGACUUUCUAGGUAAGAGCCUGGAUUGAGGCCGGGCAAGUGAGACACGACCAGCCCUCGGCAUCAUCCUCCUCAUCCUCCUCUCGCUUCCUGGAGUGACCCCUGUGCUGCUGAGCAGAGGGUGGCACAUGGACCUUUGCUCAUGAGGAUGAGACAAGACCCUCGUCUUGAUGAUGCCCUCAUGCUGUCCCUCGGACUCCUGGAGAUCCCAGGUCCCACCAUGUCCCCCCAUUCCGUACGGUCCCUGUAGUGCUGGGAACAGGGGGGUGGGAUGUGCACACUAAUUACAGGAUGGUUAUUUAACAGUG